AUGACAGUUCACAAGAGCUAUGCUAAAGACUUCCCGGCGAAAUCAGCUGUACGAACUGAAAAGGUAAACAACCUGAGGAGACAGCUAGCCGCAAAGCAGGCAGUGUUUACGCAACCUGUUAAUAAGAGUAAAACUGCCACGAUAGCGUCUUACCGUGUGAGUCGUGUUCUGGCAAAGCACAAGAAAUGUUUUAAAGACGGCGAAGUUUUCAAAGAAGCCUUUGUGGAGGCCGCGGAUGCACUUUUUGCUGACUUCAAGAACAAGAAGGAGAUCAUGUCGGCUAUUCAAGAAACCCAGCUAUCCAGGAACACCAUUACAAGGCGGUGCGAGACCAUGUCAGAGGACAUUGAACGACAGCUUAGAAAUGACAUUGAGAGCUGUCUUUGUUUUUCGCUGCAAUUUGACGAAUCAACUGAUGCUGUGGAUGUGGCGCAGUUAUGUGUUUUCAUUCGGAUGGUUUUUCAUAACAUGAUGGCAAAAGAAGAGAUUCUGACAAUUUUGCCUUUGAAAGGGCACACAAGAGGGUCGCAUGUUUUUGACACGUUUAUGGAGUUUGUCAGUAAGUCGCAUUUACCCCUCUUCAAACUUACGUCAAUCACAACUGAUGGGGCUCCAUCUAUGGUUGGGCAUACUGCUGGGUUCGUUGCUUUGUGCAAGCAGUCGGAAUCUUUCCCUGAUUUUUUGAACUAUCACUGUAUCAUUCACCAACAAGGGCUGUGCGGGAAGAUUUUGAACAUGAAGGACGUCAUGGACGUAGCUAUAAAAAUCGCGUGCUCUUUUCGGGCCAGGAGUUUACAGAGGCGCUUAUUCCGUGCCCAGCUCGAGGAGGCAGGUGCAGACCACACCGUUCUGCUGCUGCACACCGACGUCAGGUGGUUGAGCCAAGGCAAAUUCCUCGAAAGAUUUUUGGAACUUUUGCCCGAAAUUAAAGAGUUCCUGAAGCACACAACUACCCAUGCUGCUGCUUAUACUCAGCUGGAGGACGGUCAGUGGCUCGCUGAUUUGGCUUUUCUCACAGAUGUCACCAAUAAGAUCAAUGACUUGAAUCUCGAGCUGCAGGGGAAAGGAAAGCACAUCGCCAACAUAAUCAGUUCAGUGAACACCUUUAAAACGAAGUUGCGCCUGCUGUUACGCAGGUUGCAACAGUGUGAUGUCAGGAACUUUCCGCACUUGGAGGCUGAGCUCCGCCGUCAGGGCAAAGACAGUGUGGAACUUGCUCGUUAUGAGCAACAGAUCCAAAACAUUCUUUUGGAGUUUGAGCGCCGGUUUACUGACUUUGCGUCCAUUGAGCCUGUUGCUCAGUUUCUGUGCUUUCCAUUUGGUGAAAAUGUUGAUGUGGAUUGCAUUGCGCCCAAAGUAGCCACACUCUUCAGCCUGGACUCCAGUGCUGUCGAGAAUGAAAUUCUUACACUGCAAAAUGACAUUGAGAUCAAAUGCAGAGCAACACCUGGGAUAACUGGCGAAUUCUGGAACCUGCUGCUGGAAGAGAAGUAUCCAAACCUCAGACAAUGCGCACUGAAUAUGACUUCCCUUUUUGGAUCAACAUAUUUGUGUGAGUCUGCCUUUUCACACAUGAAAAUAAUCAAGUCCAAGUACAGAACCACACUGACUGAUGACCACCUCGCGGCCUGCUUAAGGCUGGCACUCAACUCCUACUGUCCGGAUUACGAGAAGCUAGCUGCCUCCUCCCAGUGCCAGAAGUCCCACUAAGAUUCAUUUAAAUCCAACUGCUGGUUUCCCUGCUAUUGCCACUCUCCAGUGAAGUUUAUCAUUUUGAAAUAUUGGACUUCUCUUCUCCUCC